AUGGGGUCGAUCCCCGAUCCAGGCGAGGUCGCCGCCGACCUAACUCCUCAGCCGCCGCCGAGCUUCGACGACUUUCAGCGCCAGACGUCGCUCAUGACCAGCUGCACUCUCCUCUGGAAGGAGCUCUCCGACCACUUCACUACUCUCGAGCAGAACCUCCAGAAGAAGUCCGAUGCCUUGAAGCGCAAAAUCCAGGCCCUCGACACCGACACCAAGGCCUCUCUGGCUUCAAUAAAAAAACGGGAGGUCACAAUCGACGGCAGCCUCGAGAUCGCCCUCGAGCGCCUCGAUGACCGCUGCGAGGCUGCUCUCAAGUCGAUUGACUCCGAUCGAGACGACGGCGAGGUCGACGACGGCGACGGUCUUCUCCUUGCUCUCAAGGCGUUCUGCUUGAAGAUGAGGUCCAGGGAGUUCUGGAAGUUCGUGAUCACCAAGAAGAAGGAGCUUGACGCGCUGAGGAGCCAGAUACCGAUGGCGCUGGGUGAGUGCGUGGAUCCUCCUAGGUUUGUGCUGGAGGCAAUUUCGGAGGUUUUCCCCGUGGACAGGAGAGGGGAGAGGAGCGAGAAGGGGAAUGAUUUGGGAUGGGCUUGUGUUGUGAUUCUCGAGAGCUUGAUUCCUGUGGUGAUGGACCCUGUGAUUGGGAAGUCGAGGCUGAUGGUGACGCCGACGGUGAAGAAGAGGGCUAGCGAGAUUGCGGAGACGUGGAAGAGGAGCUUGGAGGAGCGCGGCGGGAUUGAGAAUGUGAAGACGCCGGAUGUUCAUACUUUCUUGCAGCAUUUGGUCACUUUUGGGAUUGUGAAGAGGGAGGACUUCGAUUUGUACAGGAAGCUUGUGGUUGGUUCGGCCUGGCGCAAGCAGAUGCCUAAGCUUGCUGUCUCUCUUGGCUUGGGUGGUGAAAUGCCUGAUAUGAUCAAAGAACUGAUUGGUAGGGGUCAGCAACUGGAUGCAGUGCAUUUUACUUACGAGGUCGGCCUGGUCAACAAGUUCCCCCCAGUACCCUUGUUGAAGGCCUUUCUAAGGGACGCAAAGAAGGCUGCGGCUUCUAUAAUGGAAGACCCUGAUAAUCCUGGAAGGGCUACGCAACUUGCUGUGAGGAAGGAACAGUCAGCACUCCGUGCUGUCAUCAAGUGCAUCGAGGAAUACAAACUAGAGUCCGAGUUCCCACCAGAGAACCUCAAGAAACGCCUCGAACAGCUAGAGAAGGUGAAGACGGAGAAGAAGAAGCCGAUGCCAGCUGCCAUCCCUGCCAACAAGCGAACGCGUGCCAACACCGCCGUUCCAAUGCCACCAGCCAAGGCCGGGCGUCUGACGAAUGCCUAUGUAUCAUCUUUCCCCUCACAGCCGCCAGCAUUUGUCAGGUCGCCUUCACACCACCCGCAGCAGUACCCAGCUGCCGGCAUCCCAGCAUACGCAUCUCCGCCACCACCACCACCAACGGUCUAUGGCACCCCGAGCCCUCCAUCCCCAUACGCUGCCUACUCCCCUGAAGCAGUCCACCACCCGAUUCCCGGAUCAUACACUUUGAAUUAUAUGCCACCACCACCGGCAGCGUAUGGAGGAUAUCCGAGUGGGUUCGCACAAGCUUAUCAUCAGCAGGCUUACUACUGA